CUGCACCGGGCUGCCUCAGGACGCCAACACACUCCCUCCUCACUAGACUAAUUAGGGAGAGCAGGGGAGAGAGUCUAAAUUCAUACACUGCUGCUUCGUCCCCCUGCAGUGUAGCCCCAGGGUUUAAACCACACCUUUUUACCUAGCCACAGUUUAGAGAAAAGGAAGUUUGGGAGCUAAAAUGGAGGAGACGUACCUGCUGAACUACCCAGGAGUCAAGAAGAAGAUUCUGGUCGGCGGGAAUGGCCCAAUGCCCCACUUUCCACCGGGGACCAAGCUGGUGUUCCACUUCCAGACGCUGUUGGACAACUUUGAGCGCACUGUGAUUGACGACAGUCGUAAAGCCAAAGCCAAAGUGCCAAUGGAGAUCUUUGUGGGGAAGAUGUUCAAGAUGGAGGUGUGGGAGACUCUGCUGACCUCCAUGAGGAUCGGAGAGGUGGCUGAGUUCUGGUGCGAUGCUGUUCACACAGGCUUGUACCCUAUCGUGUCCAAGGGGAUGAGGCUGAUUGCCCAGGGCAAGGACCCCCUAGAGGGCCAGAGGCACACGUGUGGCAUGGGGAACAUGUUCAACUACAACACUACUGGCUGGCCUGAGCUGGAUGAACUGAUGAGAACACCUCAGGCACUGAUCUUCAUCAUGGAGCUCAUUCAGGUGGGAGACCCCUUCUCGUACAAGCGGGAGUCGUGGAUAAUGGACAAGGAUGAGAAGAUGAAGGAAGUGCCCUCGCUCCACCUGCAGGGCAAUGCGCUGGUCAGACAGGGACACUUCAGAGAGGCUGCCAAGAAGUACCAGGAAGCUGUGGUGCUACUCCGGAUUGUACUGUCCAAGGAGAUGCCAGGUGAUGAGGACUACAUAGCCGUGGACAGGCUCAUCACCCCCCUAGUGUUGAACUACUGUCAGUGCAUGUUGGAGCUGGAGGAGUACUAUGAGGUUCUGGAGCAUACCAGUGACCUGAUACACAAACACAAAGACUGUGUCAAGGCGUACUACAAGAGGGCCAAGGCCCAUGCUGCAGUGUGGAACGAGAAGGAGGCCAAGAGAGACUUCAACAUGGUGGCCAACCUGGACAUCACUCUGGCCCCUCUGGUGCACAAAGAGCUGAGGUUCCUCGCUGACAGACUGAAGGAGAAAUACUGGGAAGAGAAGGAGAAAUACUGGAACUGCCUGGAGCAAGAGGAGAAAGAGGGGAAGAAAGCGGAAGAUGAGGAGAAGGAAGAUGAAGAGGGCAAGAAAGACAAGGAUGGUGAGAGCACAGUGACCAAGGUGAAAGAUAAGGAGAAAAGCAAUGAUAACUCCGCCUCUUCCAAAGAGGAAGUGAAAGAUGUCAAGGAUGACAAGCAGAAUGAGACAGGGUGGAAAAAGGCUAUAGAGAAGGAUGGAACAACCAUUACUGCUACAGUGAAGGAUAAGGCUAAAGUGAAGGAUAGAACUGCCAAUCAGGCUACAAUGAAGGAUGAAACAGCCAAUAAGAGGACAGAGAGCACCCCGGAAACCCAGCCAGAGACCAAUCAGAGUGCUCUGUCUGUGAUAGAGGGGAUGGACUGGCAGCAGAAGUUACGACACAUCAUGUUCCUGGAAAAGGAGGGUAACUUCCUGCUUACAGAACAGAAACACAGCGAGGCCACAACAAAGUUCAAGGAGGCUCUGGAGUACGUGGACUUCAUUCAAAACAAGGAGGUGUGCUAUAAAGACAGGAGGGAGGACUGGGACUCUCUGGAGAAGGUGCGUGUGCCGAUCACUCUCAACCUCAGCCAGUGUCUGCUGGAGCUCAGGGACUACCAGGAAGUGGUGGUACUCAACACCAAGCUGCUCAAGAAACACAGAGAUAACUUCAAGGCAGUGUACCAGCGGGCCAGAGCCCACUCGGCUCUGUGCAACGAGGAGGAGGCCAGGAAUGACUUCCAGAAGGUGGAACGUCUGGAGCCCAGGUUCAAGCCCAUCGUCAAUCAGGAGAUGAAGAGGCUGGGCGAGAACCUCCGGAACAAGCACAUCAUCGACAAGAAGAACUACUGGGAAGCGACAGAGGAAAAGUGGGGCCUCGAGGGCACCAAGACCAAAGCCAGGAAAGUAAAGAAGACAGUGAAGUUUCAAGAGGAGAAAAAAGUAGAGGGGAGCGUUCAGAAAGAAGGGGAACCAGAGAAGACUGUAAAAGAGGGAGGUAGUGAUGGAGUGAGAGAGGAGAAGAAACCAGAGGGAAAAGGAGAGGAGGGGAGUGCGAAGUGUGUGGAGAAAGCAGCCAUUGCUGAGAAAGAGGGAGGCAGUGGGGGAGUGGAGAAGGAUAGUGGGAAAAGAAGAGUGAGUAUAGAGGCAGAGCGAGAUGGACAGGCGGGGUUAGUUAACAGAGCAGGAGAUAAAGAGACCGAUAUGGCACAGACCAAUGAAGGCAGAGAUAAUGUAGCCACAGAGAGAUCAGGGAAGGAUAAGGCUGUGAAAAAGGGAAAAUGUCACUUAACUGCCACCCAGGAAGUAACCAAGGGAAGCACAGGGAACAAAGGCACCAAUGAGAGUACAAGAAGUAAAGCCAUUCAAUCCGAAUCGACCAAUAGGAGUCCAUUAGCCACCGCUGACCUCCCUAACCCACAGGCCACAGAGGUACUUUCAGAGGUAGCUGAGGAGAGAGUCGGGUUAGACACACAGAUCAACAGACCUAACAAAGGAGAGGCAGGGGAAAGCAAAAUUAAUGAAGGGAGUAAAUCAGAGGGAAAGAGUUCUGACGAACAGCUGUGUUCAUCGGAGGGGGCGAGCCACACCAAAUCUGGGGUCUCGACUGGAAACCGCUCUUUCAAGUCCAAGCGUAAACACAAGAAAAAGAAAUGAAGGAUGCUCUGGCAUUGAUAUGAUCGUUAAGAAUCAUGUGAUGAUUCUCAUAAUUCAAUUCAGGAUCAUCGCUUGAGGCAUACACCCAACACAAGCAGACGUUCUGUGUAGCAAAUACAAAUUUUAUUUAUCCUUUUGUACACAAAGAGUAGAAAGCAGCCAGUAACCCACUCGUUAUUAAAAAGGCAUUUCUUUCACAAACGUUUUAUACAGAUUAAAAACCGACCGGGAGGACAGCAAUAGGGAGGAUUGUUAGUACAGUACAUAAACAAUGAAAUAAAUGGCAUUGACACAUUAGUCAAACAAAUCAUCACGUAAUGAGGAGUGGUAAUGUUAGUUUAAAAAAAUUGACUUCAGAUCGAAAUUAAAAUAGAGAUGAUGAGUGUUUUUUUUGUGUGUUUUUUUUCGGCAGCGAGGCAUCUGCCUGUGUCGUAGCAUAGGCUAGUGUAUGUUGUCAUAGCUCUGAUUCCCGUAAGAGUACAGGUGAUUCAUGGCCCUGCCGUGUUACAGAGCGCCAAACAACCCUCGCUGUGUCUCAUAAACGAUGCCAGAGUGCACAGAACUCAAACAUGGAAGGUCUCGCAGCUUGCACGUUGGGAUAAAUGAGCGUGCUCGUUAACGGGUUGACCCCACCAUAUAUAGCAGGGGCACCACCCGUUGGCCAUGUUCUCUAAACUCUCUCUGCCUCGCUCUGUCUCCAGAGAAGAGCGCUUUCUCUUCAAUCCAAC